AUGACGUCGAAUCUAGCAGAGCAAACUCCUGCUCCGCAGCAAUCAGCUGCCCCUGUUGCUCCAACCAACGAAAAUGGAACCGCGAAAAAUGUUGCGAUUGGCACUCAGGAGGUUCAAAAGGGGAAAUCGGAGAGAGAACUUGAGAAGGAACGGAAAAAGGCGGAGAAGAUGAAGAAAUUCGCUGAAAAGAAGGCCAAAUCAGGCUCUGCCGCUCCGGUCCCCGCGCCUAAAACUUCUGAAAAGAAGCCCAAGGUCGAGAAGGAGAAGAAUGUCGACGCUUAUGAUCCUCUUACAAUUGAAUCUGGGAGAUAUGAAUGGUGGGAAGCACAAGGGUUUUUCGAACCCGAGUUUGGACCAGAUGGAAACGUCAAGCCAGAAGGGAAAUUCGUCAUUCCUAUCCCGCCACCAAAUGUCACGGGAGACCUGCAUAUGGGUCAUGCUUUGACCAAUGCGCUUCAGGAUACGAUGAUACGCUGGCAGCGAAUGAAAGGAAAGACUGUCCUUUGGCUUCCAGGCUACGACCAUGCUGGAAUAUCGACGCAGAGUGUCGUGGAGAAAAUUCUGUGGAAGACUGAAGGCAAGACCCGCCAUGAUGUGGGGAGGGAGGUAAUGACUAAUAUGAUUUGGGACUGGACGUACAAGUAUCAUGAUAGCAUUACCUCGACCUUGAAGAGGCUGGGAGGUUCGUUUGAUUGGACUAGAGAGGCCUUUACCAUGGAUGAAAACCUGUCUGCUGCUGUUACAGAAACCUUCGUCCGCUUACACGAGGAGGGGACUAUAUAUCGUGCAAACCGCCUUGUCAAUUGGUGUGUGGCCUUGAAUACCUCCCUGUCUAAUCUUGAGGUGGAAAAUAAAGAUCUCGAGGGUCGCACAUUACUCGAUGUUCCAGGAUACCAAAGGAAGGUGGAGUUUGGUGUCUUGACGCAUUUCCUGUACCCAAUUGAAGGCACAGAUGAAACUAUCCAGGUUGCAACCACUCGUCCAGAAACAAUGCUUGGUGAUACUGGGAUCGCAGUCCAUCCCGAUGACAAACGGUAUCAAAAAUACCUUGGCAAAUUUGCGAAGCAUCCGUUCCUGGAGCGAUUGCUUCCAAUUUUUGCUGAUGUCAAUGUUGACCCUGAAUUCGGUACUGGCGCUGUCAAAAUAACACCCGCCCAUGACUUUAACGAUUUCAUCCGUGGCAAAGACAAUAAUCUGGAAUUUAUUUCUAUUAUGAAUGACGACGGUACUUUCAAUGCCAAUGCUGGCCCCUUUGCAGGAGAGAAGCGAUUUGAUGCGAGAUACAAGGUCAUCGAAGCUUUGAAGGAAAAGGGUCUGUACGUCACAUGGGAGAAUAACCCAAUGAAAGUACCUGUUUGCGUCAAGUCAAACGAUAUCAUCGAACCAAUCUUGAAGCCACAGUGGUGGAUGAGAAUGAAGGACCUUGCCGAGCCAGCAAUUAAGGCCGUCGAAAAUGGAGAGAUUAUAAUUCGCCCCGAAACCGCCGAGAAGAGCUACUUCCGCUGGAUGAAUAGCAUUAAUGACUGGUGUCUGUCUCGCCAACUUUGGUGGGGUCACCAGGCUCCCGCUUACUUUGUGCAGAUUGAAGGGGAGCAUGGUGAUGACAGCGACGGCAAUCUUUGGGUGGUCGGUCGCAGUGAGGCUGAAGCACAGAAGAAAGCCGACGCAAAAUUCGCUGGAAAGAAGUUCACGCUCAAGAGGGACCCUGACGUGCUAGACACGUGGUUUUCCUCCGGACUCUGGCCAUUUUCCACCCUGGGAUGGCCCAAGAAUACUCCCGACUUUGAGAAACUGUACCCUACCUCCGUGUUGGAGACUGGCUGGGAUAUUCUCUUCUUCUGGGUCGCUAGGAUGAUCAUGCUUGGCCUUAAAAUGACAGGCAAAGUUCCCUUUACCGAGGUGUACUGCCACUCGUUAAUUCGAGACUCUGAGGGGAGGAAAAUGUCUAAGUCACUGGGUAACGUUAUAAAUCCUGUAGAUGUUAUCGAGGGCAUCGAGUUGCAAGUGCUGCAUGACAAACUGAAGCACGGCAAUCUGGCAGAGAAAGAGAUCGCUGCGGCCACAAGAUAUCAAAAGAAGGCAUUUCCAAAGGGUAUUCCUGAAUGUGGUACUGAUGCUCUGCGAUUUGCUCUUGUUUCCUAUUCCACUGGUGGCGGCGAUAUCAAUUUCGAUAUCCAGGUGAUACAUGGCUACCGCAGAUUCUGCAACAAGAUCUAUCAAGCUACCAGAUAUGUUCUCGGUAAACUAGGUGAGGAUUUCAAGCCCCAAGCAACCCCCGCCAAAACCGGCAAAGAAUCACUCUCCGAACGCUGGAUCCUUCACAAAUUCAACAACGCUGCCAAACUCGCCAACGAGAGUCUGGAAAGCAGAGAUUUCUCAGUUGCAUCCUCAGUCCUCUACCAAUACUGGUACAGCCAGCUUUGCGACGUCUUCAUCGAAAAUUCCAAAUCUCUCCUGCAAGCCGACGUCCCCGCUGAAGUCCAACAUUCCGCCAAGGAAACUCUGUACACUGCUCUGGAGGGUGCAUUAACUCUGAUCCACCCCAUCAUGCCCUUCGUCACCGAAGAGCUCUGGCAGCGUCUUCCUCGCCGCCCCAAUGAUGCCACGCCCUCGAUCAUGAAAGCAGCGUACCCGGCAUACAACCCAGCGUUGGACGACGUUGCGGCCGAAACCGCCUAUGAGCUCAUCCUUGCUACGUCCAAGACCAUCCGCAGCAUUCUUGCUGCGUACGACGUCAAGAGCAAAAGCGACAUCAAAAUCCAAACCUAUGAUGCGACAAGCUACAAGACUGUUUCCGAUGAAAUACACAUCAUCAAGUCCCUUGGCGGCAAGUAUAUUGGAGAGAUCACUGUUCUCGAUCCGGAAAACCAGACUCCCCCUACUGGCUGUGUGCUCUCUGUUGUGAGUGCGCAAGCAGCUGUCUACCUUCAGGUCUCGGAUGAGGUGCGUUUGGAGCAAGAGGAAAAGGCCAAAUUGAGCCUUGCUAAGGCGCGGGAGGUUGUUAAGAGGCAGCUGGGCAUUAUGGGUUCAGCCGGGUGGAAGGAGAAAGUCAAACCAGAAGUUAGGGAGUUGGAGGAGAAGAAGUUGAGGGAUGCAGAAAGUGAGGCAGCAAGACUUGAGGAGCAUAUCAAGGGGUUGGAGAAGUUGAAAAUUUGAGACUUAAUCUAACCUUUUUGAAGAGUCACUCUCUGUUCUUUUGGCGGAUAGUGUUAAGAAGAGACCCUACGAGAUAAAGAUAAGAACUAAGACAAAACCAAUAUAAAAUAAUUUUGGUAGAGGUAUAGCCGCACUCUAUCUAUGUCUUGAC